AUGCCAGCCAACAAUCAAGAAACAUCUGCGGUCGAUACUGUUCUCACAAACAUCGCGCAAGCUUCACCUGCUGCGGUCCGUCACCUCGAUGCUAUCAAGAAGGCGGUCAAUGAAUUUGGGUUGAGCACACUCAUGCUCUUUGCAGCGGCAGAUGGUACUGCUGUUAAUAAGAUAGCAGCGAAAGUCUCUCCCGGUACCACUAAUGAAGCGGAAUCGGCAGCUUCCCUCGUCCGAGGUGUUCUCAGCGCUGCCAUCAAGAAUGCUAACGCCCAGAUGGAGAUACUUCAGCUACGUGAUGCUCAAGUCGAACGUGUCCGUAAAACCCCAGCGCUGGACCUCACUAAGGUGUGCUCGGAGGCUCAGAAGGCGAAAUCAUCGUUCAAGGUUCUCCCUAAUACUCUGCCCCCGGCAAUUGUGGUGAAGAAGGUUCUCGAUCAACCGUUUGCUUACUAUGAUUUGGGUGAGUUCAUGUUCCCGAGCCAUGUUUUUGACAAUGACCUCGAGACGAUCACUACAAUCACUGGUGAGGUGGUACAACCGAGGCGCUCAGAUGGCAAGAAGGAGCCGAUCCGUAAUAUUGGUCAAUGGUGCGAGUGCUUCGUGCGCUAUGCGGUAACUCUUCAACUCUCUGAUAGAGGCCGUAAAGAGGUAGACUUCGGUACAUUGUUCUCUUAUUUGGCUCACGUCUGUGCUGCAUUUGAGGUCCACCCGUAUCAGGCAGUUAUACAGGCAGAGGCGAAGUAUCGACGGACCGGUGCCAUGGCGGUCGCUAGUGGAGUAAUAACGAUGGAGAAGUUGUUCGGUGAAGAGACUUAUCUUCGUCCAAGGUUGGACAUGGAGAUUGGCUCGGUACUCAACAAUCGAGACUAUUCCCCUGGUAAAGGCAAGGGUUUCGGCAAGGCUAAGGGAAAGGGUUCUAAUUGGAGCUCUGCCCCUUUCCGUGGUAAAGGAAAAGGUCAAGGUAAAGGAAAGGGGCAUCGUUCACAACCUUACGACAACACCAAUGCUCCCAGCUCCGAGCCCCCUACCAUGAGCUCGUCUAACUGA